CUGACACACAUGAUCCCUUUACCAGUACGAUGCACACACAGUCCACAUAAACUUCGCAUCAGCAGCAGCCAACGCAUCGCGACUUUCCCUUUCAGUCAGCUCAUCUCAGGUCAUAUCAGGUCUUGCCAGCUGAGGCCAUGAUCCAGUGCAAGUGUGCCCUCAGCUGCCUGGCGGCCGGGUACGUCAUGUCUCGCGGAACACCCACACGCAGCCUGCACACACACACACACACAUGGUCACGCAAGCACACAGAUGUGAUCCGACCGACACACCUAAGAUACUGCAGAGCCUCGUUGACGGGCGGCGAAAGGUCCGACAAGCCACGCUGCUCUGUACAGACACACACAUCCAGCCACAUCGACAUGUGUCUGCCUGCACGUGUGUGUGCUUGUGUGUUGUGUAUUGCCGACUGACUAACUUACGAGCAGCGUCGGUGCCUUCCAGCAGUGCGUGGCAGACGUGGCGCAGCGCACAGUCCACCUGCUGCGUCCAGUCCUCGUUGCUCUGGGCGUUCGGAUCGGCCAGCGGGGCGCUCACAGGGGGAAAGCCGCCGCUGCCCAGCCCCCGGCUCGCGAACUUGGUGACGGCCGCGUGGUUGGCAAGCAGCCGAGAGGCCGCCUCUCGACUGAUCCAGCGGACAGACCAGCGGACAGACAGACAGACAGACAGACAGACAUUCGCUCACACAUUGAUUGCAUGGGAGAAGGAAGGCUUCCUUCCCUACCUACCUGGCCUGUUUCUCGUUGUAGUCUUUGGGCAGUGGCUCAAUCAUCUGUGUGUCUUGCUGCUUCAGGGGCCAGUCCCACGCGCCGUUCUGGCCGUCGAUGGUCGCACGGAAAGGGGCACCUGCCAUGCACACCAACGCGUCCGUCCACGAAAGAAAGAAUGCCUGCCUGCCAUGCGUGUGUGCAGGGAGGUAGUACCUUCCAGCAGCUUGCCGCAGGGGCCUGUGUGUGGGUGGAUGGAGCACACGAAACGUUCACAGACAACACAUCCGUCCAUGUGUCGAGUUCCUUUGCUCCGCUCCUUCCGUUGCGUACCGACUUGUGGAGGCAGAUCCUGACAGUGGGUGUAGUCUGUGUGAUGGACACACAUCAGGUGCACACACACAUAGCUCUACAGAGCACUUUCACAGAGCCAGUGGACUGACUCACAGUCGCUCUUGAUGUAUUUGAAUGUCGGUCUGCUCUCCAUGGCGUCGAACCAUCGCUCCACAUUCGGCCACCGGCCCUCGCCCCGCACCACCAAGCCCUUGAAGUAGGGCAGCGACGCCGCCAUCCGCUGACACAUAGACACAAGCACACGUGCAUGCCUUCUCUCUCUCUCUCUCUCUGUGUGUGUGUGUGUGUGUAUGUGUGUGCGCACCGCACCUCCAGGAAGCUGGUAUACAUGAGAUCGACGAGUGAUAUGUCGUCGCCGAGGAAGUAGGGGCCGUCGUCGAACUGAUCGAGCGCCUUGUCCACACUACACACACACACACACACAUGGCAGGCAGCCGUGUAAGUUCGCCGUCUCACGACUGACUGACUCCCGGGUGCGCUGCGCACCUGUCCAUCGUCUGCACAAAUUGCGCCUUCAUUCGGUCGCUCGGACCACUACCUGCCGCAGACACACACCACACCCAAUCACACACAUCAAGAAGCGUACGUAUCUCAUAUAUUGGACACUCACUUGUGAGCCAGCCCAGCCAUGCGCUGAACAGCUGACGCUCCAGCCGCAGCAACGGACCCACUGACACACAGACACACGCACGGGCGCACGCACACAUAUUGGAAAAGAAAGUCGAUACGAAUCCUGUGUGAGCACACACACCUGCGCUUGAUUUCUCUGUGCCCGGUUUGGGCAGCAGGGGCUUGUGGUCGGGGAAGCGCUCCUCAAUCGCCUGCAUGAUGUCGUUGGACUCGGUGAUGACUUGGCCGUCGAUCUUGCACACGGGCAACAUCCCUGUGUCCGCACACAUAAUGCGCGCAGGCUCGCGCACGCAAAGUGCUUCUCCCUGCGUACCUCCUGGACAGAUGUCCAAGAACCAUCGUGGCUUGGCGCCGUAGCACCUGACGACCCAGCACAUGAUGAUCAGAGUGCCUACACCACACCGCUGACCCGCACCUGAGAGGCACUUUCUCCACCCUGUAAGGGAUCUGCUUCUCCUCCAAUUGCAGCCACACCUGAAUCACCCCAUCAAUCCAUCCACGCACACGUGCGCAUCGCAUGCACCCCCUGCUCAUCUGUGUGUUCUAUGUUGGUAUGUGUUGAGCGACCUUUUCGCAAUAAGGGCACCAUGCGGCCGAGUCCCUGUAGAGCGUCACGCGAUCGGCCGCCUUCUCGUCGGUCGAGUCGAACAGGCGGAUGGACGCCCACGGGGUCGGGUAGGGACCUAAACGAACACACACACACGCACCCAUAUGCACACAUCUCGCUCACACACUGACUGCGUCAUUCAUCAUCACCUCUGCCCUGGUCCCUCAUCGCGUUGAAGGCUCUCUCUUCCUGUGUCAACAUUGACGACAACUCAGCCCAUGAGGGAGCCCUUCACACGACACGACACAACACAGCAGACAGACAUUCCCAUCUGUGUCUGUGUGUUCUCUCCAUGGGUGUGUACUGUACCGGUCAUUCUGCAGUGUGGGCGCGUUCGGUGCGCUCUUGCCGAACAGGAGGGAGGAGACCGCCUGCAUCGGGCUGCUGCUCGACAGGGAGGUGCGCUGCCCUGGCAAACCCCAAACAGACAAACAGACAGGCAAACAUGCGCAUCUAUGACUGCACGUCAUUUUGGCUCCUCAGACAACAUGCACAGAUUGGCAUGAAACACACACAAUGAACACACAUGGACAGACACACUGUGCGCCUGUCUGUGUGUCUGUCUGCCUGCGGUGCACAGCCCGUCCCGUACCUCUGGUAGAUCCGAUCUGCUUGGUGCAGGUGUAUGUGUAGCCGCACACACCCAGGAACAGCAGGGGCGACGAAAGCAAUGCCGCGCGCCGGAUAAAGAGCAUUGGAGAGGCU